CUAGCAUGUUGUAUUUUUUAUCAUUCUCGCGAUCCAAUCGUAUCUCAUCUAUUCCUUCAUCAGAACUCAGAAGGUGGCUGUGGCGGUGGCGUUAACGACGGCGGUGGAUGGCAAGAAGCAAUAAAUACACCUCUCUUAACUUCAACGACAUCUACGAGAAGAAAUCCAGCUCCUCCUCCGCCGCUGCCGCCCAUAGACCUCACUCUUCUUCUUCUUCAUCUCCCACUAUUAUCUCAAAUUCUCGAAUCCAUGGCCAUAUGCUCGUCAUGAGCCGUCCCACGCCCAAACCGAUCUCCAUACCUCAGCCGCAGACCAUCCCAGUCGAACAGAACCACAAAUUUCAGAGCCCUCCGGAGAAAUCUCCACCCGAUUCGGACUCGAUUUCUCUUCGGCCGCGGGGUAGAACCGGGUCGGGUCCGGUAAUUUCAUCGAACACUUUAUCUUCGCCGGGGAAACCGUCGUCGCCACUGCAGUCUCCGUUGCCCAAGUCCGACCGCUUUGUGCCGCCGCAUCUUAGACCUGGAUUUGUGGGCCGGGAGGAGAAGCUCGUGACGGAUUUUCAGAAAGGUAGAGGGAGAGGUGAGUUCGGAGGUGGGCUGCUCUAUACCGGGCCGGAGAAUGGGAGGCCCAAAUCUGGGGGAGGGUAUGAGAGGAUGGGCCCAGGCGGUGAAGGUGAGCCUGUGAUCUCCAUGAACUGGCCUCGUUCGAGCGGUGCCCGGCCCAGAUCAAGUGGAUGAUGAUGAUGAUGGUGGUGGUGGUGGUGGCAUCUAAUGUUUGGCUCAUGUUUUCAUGCAGAUUUUGGUUAAGCCAAGCUGCAUUUACCAAUGAGGAUGGGGACAAUCUUCUCCGAGGUAAAUCCUAGCAAAAUCUUGAUCCAUGACCAUUCCAUCCGAACAGCAAUGGACAGAUUAUAAAUUAUAGUGAACUGAAGGUAGAAUUCUCGCCGGGUGGAUAGCUCCUUUAUAAAUCUGUAAUAAUAAUCCCAGGUGACGAUGAUGAACAGUUGUUAAUCUUGGUGUUUAAGGAUUUCUGUCGUUUGUCUAUUUAAGUUUCCUGUUUUUGUUACUUUCUGCAUACUUUGUACGAUUAGAUCAAUGUAUGGGAUUGAGAUUUAUCACUGUCAAGUGUUAACCUUCUGAAAUAAGAGUGCUUGAAUGAU